GAUAUAUAAAGAUAUCCUGGAAACAAAAUGUCAGUUCCCCUCCUCAUGAUCUACCAAAUAUCUGUCUUGCUCUCCUGCCUGCCCUUCAUAAUACUUGCACAAGAAGACCUUUAUCAGGAGGUUGAAAAUGAAAUAGCAGCAGAGAAUGGAGAAGGGUUUGAUGAGUUUGCACAAAUACCAGGAAUGACAAGAUUAGAAGAUGGGACAUUACUUUUUAACGGAGAAAGGGUUGUUAGUAUUAACGGAGAUGAUUCUGUAAACAACCCUGGUGCAAACCAACCUCAAUUUAGAUCAGAUGAAGUAGAAGAAACACCUCCAGCUCCAGCAGCCUAUUCAAAACCAGCUCCUGCUAAACCCUUAAUUAACUCAAUGACUGAACUUAGUUCCGCCCAAGAAGUAGUAAACAUGCAAGAAGUUAUAAGGAAAGAGCCUGUUCUCUCAAUGGAGGAGGUUAUUAGUCAGGAACCUGUUUUCUCACAAGAAGAGGUUAUUAGUCAGGAACCACUAAAAACUGUACAAGAAGUGAUUGCAACACCACUUAAAAGUGUUCAGGAAAUACUAAGCAUGAAGGAAGUUAUCAAAAAGAUUCCUCUGACAGAUGAAGUUGUUAAAAAAUGGAGAGAAAGCGAAGGGAAAGGUGCAGCAUCUGAUUAUGCAGAUAUCCCAGAACCAGAAGCCCCUGCCCGAGGCUAUGGCAAUGCUGCACCUGCUGCACCUGCUGCACCUGCUGCUCCUGCUGCUCCUGCUGCUCCUGUUCCAGCAGCUCCUACUCCUGCACCAGAGCCUGUUGAUCUUGAUGCUCUUGAAAGUGAAAUAGAAACUCUCAAAAAAGAACUUGCAGCUAAAAAAAUGGAGGUUACAAAAAUUGAAGAGGUCCUCAGACAAACUGAAGUCCUGCGUUUGGAAGAAAUUCAAAGUAUAAGAGAAAUUGCCACAAUGGAAGAAAUCCAAAGCAUAGAAGAAGUUAUCUCCAAGGAACAGCUGAAGAAAGCAGAAGAAGUGCUAAAGAAAGAAGAGGUCCUUAGCCAAAUGCUUGUCAAAUCAAUGACCCCAGUUACCAAAGUUGAAGAAAUUGUUCAUAUUGAAGAACUUACUCCAGAACAAGCAGAGAGACUACUUGCACUUGCUGGUCAAGCAGAUGCCGUACCAAAGCCCAAGGGAUAUGCAUCAGAUCCUGCUCCAAAACCCAAGGGCUAUGCAACUGCAUGAUGCUGCUGUCACAAAUUCCACAACGGGUUACGCAAAGAUAAAUAUUUCCUAAUGAAGGAAUAAAAUGACAAAUGACUCAUGAUAAUUAAUUACAGAUAUGUUACACACGCAAGUUAAAUCCACAUUAUAUUACAGUUUUAGAUACAUUCAGCAGAGUUUUAAAUAUAUGUAUAUAUUAACCAA